UCUGCUUUCACUUUUAGGUGCUUUUUCUAUUUAGAUUAAAAUAUAUUUGCCUUUAGAAAACUUUGAAUUACUUUUUGGAAAUAAAUAAAAUACCAAAUGUUGAAAAAAGUUUGCUAACCAAUUCAAAGUAUUAUACAAAAUCCAUGAUUAUCACUAGUUAUUGAUAUGAGUGACCAAAAAAAGAUAAAACUAACAUUAAAUCAACAAUCAGCGUGUGACGCCUUGCGAAAAUCCGUUGCAAAUUCAAAAAUUGUACCAAUUCAAUUGAUUACUAAUACACAGUUGAUCUUAUUCAUUGAAUCAUCUGACGGUUGUGUUGAUGAAGCUCAAAGAACGCUUGAAAACUAUUACGAUGCAAAACUACAAGCACCUGAACACUUUGCUGGUCGAGAUCCCACUUCUGAUGCUGUACAGCAGUGUUUAAAUAAUCAACAUUACUUCGUUCUUCCACCAGAUGAUAAGAAUAGCGGAUGCCCAAUUAUUUUUCAUCAACUUUCAAACCCCAAAAUAUCAAACUAUCAUUUUGAUAACGCUAUUAAAACAUUUUUUAUGACAAUUGAUAUUUGUCUUGAAAAAUAUGGGAAUUUGUCAGCAGAACGUGGAAUAAUAUUUUUAUUCGAUAUGCGGCACGUUCGAAUCGGUCAUUUAACUCGUGUUAAAAUCGCAACCAUUCGAAAAUUCUUCCGAUAUGUUCAAGAAGCUAUGCCAGCCAAAUUACGUGAAAUUCAUGUCUUGAAUGUUGUGCCGUUUUUUGACAAAAUUCUUUCUCUUAUUCGACCUUUCAUUCGGAUGGAAAUAUUGAAAAUGCUGCACACUUAUCCAUCGAACUAUGAAAUGAGUGAAUUUUACGAAAAAGUUAUAUCAAAAAAUAAUUUACCAAGAGAGUUUGGUGGAAAUUUAUCUCCAGCAGAAGAAAUACACCAAUGUUUCAGAAAUGAAUUUAUUGAACGAAUUGAAUAUUUUCGGAAUGACGAAGAACAACGCGGUUUAUUUUGGGAUAACCUUCCAAAAUCUUCCAUAAACACAUAUGAUGACCAGAUGGGAAAAAAAUUUGUAAACAGCUUCAAAAAACUGGAUAUUGAUUGAUAAGAUAUUUAUUCAUUAUCGGACAAUGUAAAAUUGAUUGUUGUUUACUCAUUUAAAAUAAAACAUCAAAGUUUAUACUAUAUGAAUUUUCAAAAA